GCUCUGGUCGCGACAGCACGUGCGCUCACUCGCAGCGCCUGUUCGCAUCCUUACGUACCCAACUUCUAGUCGGUCGGUGUCUUAACAGUAACGGGGCCCUGUGUGUCUUGUGUCUUGGCUUGGUGUGCAGAGAUACGGUCGAAAGGUGACGUGUUGGAAGCGAAUGUCUGCUUCCAUAGCUCGGUGGUACAGGAAACGGUGCAGUCUAGUGAUCUUGGGUGAUUGGUUCGUUUUUUUUUGGUGAAGGGUGGUGGACGACACCGUGGACCAUUGUGUGGCGAAAAACGCCGGGUCUAGGGGCGGUGUGUAGUGAAUUUUUGGUAAAACAUAACCACAAAGUUGCACCCAGUGUCAGUACAACAGUAAAGUACAGCACCGGUUUAGAGCUGCUGGAAUUAUUGGUGGACAGGUGCAGGUUGCUCUCUAAAUACCUUUUGAUAAGAUAUUGAUAUUGAAUACGUGCCCAGAAGUAGAAACCAAAGUGUAGUGAGUGUUUUACGAGUUCUUCACUGUAGAAUAUAGUGCAAUUAGGGUAAACAAAAUCAUAAGGAAAAAAGGGAAAAAACACCAUAGCGUGCACAUUUGAAUGACGUAAGCCGAUAACGCAGUAAGACCCUCAAAUUGUAUCGAACGUACAAUCAAUUCUUCAUUCAACCGAUCAUCAAACAUCACAAGUUCCUCGAAUCUAAACCACAUACUCGGACGGUAUCAAAUCAAGGCUCUAGGGCGUUUUUGACGUCGGAAAUUCACAGGUCUCCGUCCAUUUUAAGUUUUUGAUCUUCAGCACAUAAACACAUCAAACGGCUCCAGCCAUGUGGAGCACGUGUAGGGGUCCUUACCAGAUGUGGGCCCAUCGAAUUAUUCUGAUUGCGCUAUGCUACCUGAUCCAAUUAGCUACACCGACAAAUGAAAUAUGGCCGGUAGAACGUCCCGAUGGAAUGCCCUCAAUAACAGCACUGGAGGUGAUGUGCGGUAAGGAUCACAUGGAUGUUCAUCUGUCCUUUUCGGCACCAUUCGAAGGGAUCGUCAGUUCCAAAGGCCAACAUAGCGAUCCCAGAUGCAUUUAUGUGCCACCGUCGACGGGGAAGACGUUCUUUACGUUUCGCAUCUCGUACUCGCGCUGCGGCACCAAACCCGACCUAAAUGGGCAGUUCUACGAAAACACUGUGGUGGUGCAGUACGACAAGGAUCUGCUAGAGGUGUGGGACGAAGCGAAACGAUUGCGUUGCGAAUGGUUUAACGAUUACGAGAAGACCGCUUCUAAACCGCCGAUGGUAAUUGCUGAUUUGGAUGUUAUACAGCUCGACUUCCGAGGUGACAAUGUGGAUUGUUGGAUGGAGAUUCAGCAGGGUAAGGGACCUUGGGCACCGGCAGUGAGUGGUAUCGUACCGCUCGGUUCCACCAUGACGUUGGUAGUGGCGAUAAAUGACUUCCGCGGGGAGUUCGAUAUGCGCGUCAAGUCUUGUGUCGCAUCGGACGGUGCCGGGCAUGUGAUAAAGCUAUCGGAUGAGUAUGGCUGUGUGCUGCGGCCGAAGAUGAUUUCCCGCUUUUUGAAGGCACGCGCACCAGACGAUAAGGCGUCGGUCAUUACGUACGCGUUCUUCCAUGCGUUCAAGUUCCCGGAUGCGCUCAGUGUGCACAUCAAGUGUAAGGUGGAAAUUUGCCGACACGGUUGUCUGGAUCAUUGCCAGCAUAGUGGUGGACCGAUUGGUGUUGGUGGACCGAGUGUACCGAGCGGUUCGAAGCAGCACGAUCUGCUGGAGCGCAAGGAUACGCUGGUGAAUCAGAACAGCAACGACAUACUGGCGGGUGACUCGACGGAGGAUUUGGAUUCGGGUAUGAAUGGGCAGGAUGUGUACUACGAUGACAUUAUCCACACGGAGAAACAUCUUAACCAGUACAAGAAACCGAUGCCGAAUCAGCCACCGAAGAAGAAGGAUAGCUAUCUCCAGUAUCACCAUCACAGUCGUGAACCGAUGGACGAUAUUGAGUCACUGUUUCUGAGCGACCAUUCUGCAAUGUCUGCCGACAUGAUGAAGAAACAAUCGCAGGGACCACCGGGACCGGUUGGUAUGGCGGGGAUGCCCGGUAUGGGGAUGGGUCCGGGCAAGUAUCCACCCCAGCCAUUGCAGCAGAUGGGCCAGAAACCGAUGCCCGGUCCCGGUACGCCGAUGGAUGACGAUAAGUUCCCGCACGGACCGCGCCAGAUGGAUGCGGAGAAGCGGAUGGGUCUGCCGGCGGUGGCUGGUCCGCGCGCACUCAACCUGGACGCGGACGACGUCCAGAACCAGAGCUACAAUCAGGCGGCUGGGGGACGUGUGCGCCAACGGCGCUCGGUACGCGUCACCGAUCGGAAGGCCCGCUCUGCGGACAUCGGUGUGAGCGGUAUCUACGAGGUUAUCUCCGAGGCGGAUCUAGCAUUCAAUCCGGAUAGUAAGCAGGAAGCGGUAACCGUGUUUCAGGGCAAGAUUACUGAGGAGGUCGUGUACGGCAUCUGUAUGCCGGUGCCCGGCUUUAGCAUUCUCUUCAUACUGGUCAUAUCGGCGACGAUCAUCUCGGCGCUGAUUGCCGGCUCGCUGCUGUACAGAUACCAGCUGCAGAAGGAAAUGAUUGCGAACCGAACGCAAAGCCACGCGGCACCAAUGAACUCGAUCGCCACGUGGAUGACGUUACGUCUCUUCCGGUCCCGGCACAAUGGUCCGGUUGUGGGUGGUGCCGCCGUACGUCCGAUGGACCUGAACGCCAGUAACCAGUAGGUUGAGGGCAUACACACAGACACACACACACAUACACAUGCAAACACAGUCCGUAGUCUCUCUAUGCAAAAAAAAAACACAGUAAGAUCUUAUUGAGCGUUUGUGUAAGGUUUAGUUGUUUUUUUUCUCUCUCCUUUAAUCGCGUAUAAUACGCGAGAGCUGAUCGUAGUCGAUCGAAUAAGCUUUUUUUUCCUCAUUUCACCUUCCACUCAUACACACUCACAUUCACUCAUACAUACAUUUCACACACACACAUACACACACAAACUCCUUUCAUCUUUCUCAUCUUCUCGGGUUUAUUGCAAUAUUUAUUAAUCAAUAAUUUACUGUUCGAGAAGGAGAAAACCAUUGACCGAUGGGGAGGGUUGUUUGUUUUUUUUUUUUUUGAUAGGGAAUAGAGUGCCGAAGAAAGCAUAUUAAGCAUAUCGUUACAGCUGCAGCGCCUUCCGUUCCAAGCAGCAUCCUUUGUUUUGUUCUCUUAAGCCCUGGGGUGUGGUAGUUAAAUUACUUUUUUUUUUUUUGGUGUGCGUGUUUUCUAGUAUCUCGAAUGAAAUGGUUCACCGUUACGAUGAUGCUAUCAUCCCGUGUCGGUGAUUAUCGUAAUAUUUAAUCAAACGACUUAUAAACUCGUCAGACUACUUCGCUAAUGUUAUACUACACUAUAGUUAUCGUGCGGUUUCCAUGCAUGCAGGGCAACAACAACAAAAAAAAAACCGAAGCGUAACCCGUCUUGUGACACUAACAAAGAUUAAACUAAAAAUCCGUUUUAGAGUUUAUUUAUUUAAUCUAAACCGCGUAGGGAAAUGUAAGUAAGCCUUUUCGACGAAACCGUUAAAAAACAAAAACAAAAAAAAACCCCUAGCGAGCCAAGUAGCCGGAAAACGGAUGUCGCUAGCGCCACGUGCUCUAGCGCUCUGGCCCACGUGGCACUGAAGGAGUGUAGACUGACAUCGAAUCUUGGUAAAUUAGGGACGGUUAGUUGCAGUUAGUACACGAUCCAUUAGCGGAUCGCGGGUAGAAACACAGUAUCAGUAGCAGGAUGGUAGGAUGUAAUUUGCCGUAACAAUGGCAGCAAACGAAAUUAUGCUCAACUUAGUAUUGUUUUGUUUAUAUAGUGGCACGUGUGCGAAACCACGUGCCGAUGCAGGUAUUUAUUUAUUGCGAAUUGCUCCGCUAGUUGAUACUCCUCCGUGCAAUGUUUAUACCUGUUGAUUUGAUAUUUGAUGAAGCAUGUAUAUCGAAAUUGUAUUGUAUAUGCUUUGAAAGCUUAGUGUACCGUUCGAUUAUCAACUGGUGGAACAAAUAAAACACACUAUUAUUUACAUA